GCUUUUAACAUCGUCGACGACGACGACGACAUCGACGCUCGUGAGACUGUAAAGAAUCUCUCGCGUAACGCAGUCAGCGCGCGGCCAAAACUAACGCUUUUCUAAACUCCUCUUCUUUUGUUUAUUCACUUCUAUCUUUUUUAUUUUUUCUUUUUUAUUUUACUUUUUUUGUAACGAACGACGAGCAAACGAAACCAAAAUUAUCCUCCGAUCGAUCAUUGUAAUCCUGUGAAAUUGUGCUUGUGUGCAAGUGUACAAGUUUAUAAUCGUGUAUGUGCGUGUGUUUUGUGUGGUGAUCGACCGAUUUUCCGACGAAAAAAAAAAAUGUUGUUGCAGCCUGCGAUGCAUUAGAGUUUAAGAAGAAAAUCCAGCGCAGGAGCUCGACACGACGAUCGUCACGAUGAUACGCCUCGACGACGGCGGAGCGACGCUACUACUGCUACUGCUAAUAUCCUCGGCUUCUUCUGCGCUCGGACGCAUUUAGACAUCCGACGCCCUUGAGAGAGAGAGAGAGAGAGAGUCAUCCGCGGAAAAGGAAGUGCACAUAUAUUUAUCCAAAACAAAAAAAAAAAAAAAAGGGAAGGAAACAAUGGCCAAGAUGUUUAGCUCGCUGCGUCUCGGCACGCUGCGCUCGCGAAAAGCUCGGCCCGGUAGCGUGGCCGCCGCGGCCACGACGACGUCGCCCAACACGACGAUGACCAACUGCAACAACACGACGAUGACGUCGAUCGUAACGACGACGAGCGGCCCCGCCUGCGGCGACUCGACGACGGUCCUGCAGGACAACGCGCUGCUGCAGCAACAGCAGCAGUACAUGUCCAGCGGCUACUUCAUGCCGAGCUUCCUGAGCUUGGACGAGCUGUCGGAGUCGGCGGCCGUGGGCUGCUCGGCCAGUCCCACCAGCGUCACGUCCAAAGUCGCACAGAUUCAAGUCGAGCGCGAGGACGGCAGCCUCGGCGUGACCCUGCGCGGCGGCCUCGGCCGAGCCCUCGUCGUCACGGGCGUCAAGCGGGACGGGCCCGCCGCCCGGGAGGGCCGAGUCCGCGUCGGCGAUCGCCUCCUCGCGGUGGACGACGCCGAGCUCCGGGGCCUGAGCCUCGCCGAGGCCCAGCAGGCCCUGCGCAGGCGCAGCGACUCGCCCCAGCACGCCGCGGCCUCGCUCACCAUCGAAUACGACGUGGCCAACAUGGAGGACAUCAGGCAGGCCAGCCAGGGUCCGCUCCUCGUACAGGUCGAGCGCGGCGUUUCCGGUGAAUUGGGUCUGACGGUGCGCGACACUCCGAGCGGCGUCUACAUCGAGAGCCUCAGACCGGCCAGCACGGCUGACCGCUGUGGGGCCCUGCAGCCCGGCGACCGACUCCUGGCCGUCGACGAGGUCCCGGUCCAGGACGCCGUCCAGGCAGCCAUACUGCUGCGCAACGCGCCCGACAACACGCGAAUCGCCAGGGUCCAGAUUUUACCGAGAGCGCCCAGCAGCACGAGUCGCACGAUCAAGCGUCGCGCUCAGCCCCAGGCGGCCGCGGCGACGACACAGAAGAGCAACAAUCCCAAGAACGCCCUGUACACCCGCGAGACCCUCACGAUCGUCCUGCGUCCGGAUCAUCGGGGCCUCGGUUUGGGCCUGAAGCAGACCGACGACCGGCUCAACUACGUCGUGGACGUUCUCGAGCCCGGUGGACCGGCCGAGCGCAGCGGCGUCCUGCUGCCGGGCGACAGGGUCCUGGCUGCGAAUCGUCGCACUCUGCGCGACCUCCAGCCGGCCGAGGUCGCUCUGCUGCUCGAGCAGGCGGCCCAGGUCGAGCUCGUGAUCGAGUACAAGGUGGGCUGCGCCGUUGUCCCCGGUGCCGGUGUCUUCACGGUGAGGGUGGCAAGACCCCACGGCGGACAGCCCGAUUUGGGGCUGACCGUCGACGAGGACCUCACCGUGUCGGAGGUGCGUCGCGGCUCGCUGGCCUACCGCACGGGCAGCCUGACACCCGGCGACCAGCUCAUGGCCAUCGACUCGCAGAAGCUCGAGCCGGGCGAUCUGAGGCAGGCCGCGCAGCUGCUGCACAGGCCGGGCAGUUCGGUGGUCGCCCUGACGGUGCGCAAACCCGACUCGAUGAACAACGAAAUAAGCAUCACCAGUCCCAGGAACUCGGGCUUCUCGGCGAAUUUCUUCAGGGAGCCGAGCUUGGCGGCCAUGAGCCCGUCGUCGGCCUCGUCCUCCUCGGCGUCGUCGUCGGCACAGUCGCAGCAGUCGCAUCAUCAUCAUCUUCAUCAUCACCAUCAUCAGUUAAGAUCGUCGGGCAGAGAGAGUCUGCCGAGCGUCGACAGCGCCCUCGACUCCUGGGGCGAGAUGGCCGACACCUGCAGCGGCCCGGAGAUCAUGAGGCUGUGGGAGACCGCCUCGAUCGACAGCGGUCAGCUGGAUCUGCCGAUGCCGCCUUAUCCAUAUCCCAACUCCGUCGCGUCGAAUUCACCAAGACCGGCCUGCAGCUGCAGUCCCCAAGAUAACAAUCGCGUCUCCCAGAUCUCUCACCAUCAUCAUCAGCAACAACAACAACAGCAAUCCAGUCAAUCGCAGCAGCAGCAGCAAAUAAUCCACGUCUCGCUGCACAAGGACCCGGUCUACGAGGACUUUGGCUUCUCCGUGUCGGACGGCGUGUACGAGCGCGGCGUCUACAUCAAUCGGUUGCGGCCCGGCGGGCCCUGCGACGGUCUGCUCAGGCCCUAUGACCGUAUACUGCGGGUGAACGAGGCCAGCGUCGAGGACUGCGACUGCUGCCUGGCGGUGCCGCUGAUCGCCGCGGCCGGGCCACGCCUCGAGCUCGCCAUUUCCAGACCGCUAUCGUCGUCGAUGAUCGGGAGCCUGCAGGGACACGAGAGCGUCGCCCAAAUGUACUGAGACGAUGACGAGUAUGUGCAAUCGAUUCGACGAUAAAGAAGGAAGACGAGAAAUUAUUAUCUAGUCAAGAUUGAUGGUCCGAUCUUUUUGACGACGACGGAAAAAUUACAAUGAACAUAUCGAUUAUUUUAUACGAAUAAAUAUCAAAAGUCGAUUGGAAAAUUCUGCAGGAAGGCAUCAUAAAUUGUGUGUUUAUAAAAAUACCGCUAACUUGUACUGCUUGUAUAAUGCACUAUUUACAUUAGAAAUUAAGAUCGUUACUAAUACAAAAUUAGUUAAUUUUGAUUAAUA